CUUUCCUUCUAUAUUCUCUCUCCUUGUCGCUGAGUUUCGCCUCUUUCGCAAGUCACGAGCAAAUCGAGUCUACAGAAACCAGAAACGUCUGAAAGUGAAGAAGCAGAUGAAGGACGAUCCAUCUGAUAAAGGCAGGGGCUUCCCUGUCGAUCCGAAUCUCCCUAGAUGGAUUUGUCAGAACUGUCGUCACCCCCUCUGCGUCGUAGGCGUCGAUUCAUAUGCAGACAAGUUCUUCAACGACUCAUCUCGUUCUGGGAUGCAGGGCUCCUCAGUCCAUGGGAUGGGGAGUGUGUUAGGUUCAACCCCAAUGGACAACUCAUUUGUUGUGUUACCAAAGCAAAGAAGCCAGGCGCAAGGGAUACCUCCUCGUCCUCGCAGUGCAACUUCACAGCCUGAUGCUGGGAGGGCAAUGGAAGAAUCAUUCGUGGUGUUGCCUCCUGCUGCUGCUUCCAUGUACAAGUCUGAAUCCACAUCUGAUGGAAUUGGAACCCAUUUACCAUCACAUUAUGGAGUCUCCAACAGCCCCUUGCAGCCCAACAAUUCUGGGUUUCACUCGAGCAUAACUGUCUUGAAGCGUGCAUUUGAAAUUGCCACCACCCAAACACAGGUUGAGCAACCUUUAUGCCUGGAGUGUAUGCGAGUGCUGUCUGAUAAACUUGACAAAGAGGUGGAAGAUGUCAACAGGGAUAUCAAAGCGUAUGAAGCCUGCCUUCAACGCAUGGAGGGAGAGGCCCGUGAUGUUCUUAGCGAGGCCGAUUUUCUUCGGGAGAAGUUGAAGGUUGAAGAAGAAGAGAGAAGACUUGAAGCAGCAAUUGAAGAAACCGAGAAACAAUGUGCAGAAGUAAAUGCCGAUCUGAAAGAUCUAGAAUUGAAAUCCAAGCGCUUUACAGUAUUAGAGGAACGGUAUUGGCAUGAGUUCAACAAUUUUCAGUUCGAGUUAACUUCACAUCAGGUAUGUUGAAAGUAGUGUUUUGUCUUAUUGUCACAUAUGAUCAUUAUCAUUACAAAAUUUGGUUA